AUGCAAAUUUCAAAUGUAUUAUCGCGACAUGCAAAAGGUAUUAUUGACACCGUUGAAGAGAAUAAUAAUGUUGUUGAUGAAAAUGGUGUUGAACAAAGAACAAAUUCGGAUAAUGAACCGCAAAAUUUAAAAGUAGAUAAUAACAUAAAAUUUCAACAAUCACUACAAUCAGAUCAUACGGCAUCAUCAAUUCAACAUAGUGGAAAAAAUAUUCGACAUCCAUUAUUACAUGCCAUACCAGACAAAUUAGCACCAAUUGUAUUAUUAAAGUCAAAUCAAAAACGUUUUCAUUCGAAACAACAAGACGAUAAUUUAAGAGAUUAUCAAGAUGUGCUAACAACAGAACAAGCAACACUAAUAAACGAUGAAAUACCUUUAGACUUUGCCGAAGCUCCACUCGCUCCAGUCCUACCAGGCGAUCCAUCUGGGUCUAGUCUACCAACAACGGUGGCAUUUCUUUCAACUACAACAAUGCCGAUUCCUACUACCAUGUCAGUUUCUAUUACUCUUACAAACGAUAUGUCUAAUAGAGAAAAUCAAGAAAUGCCCAGUUAUCGAAAACUUCUUUAUAUGGCAUUAAACGAUAUUAAAACACGUAUAGCCAAAGAUCAACAGUUGAUAAAUGCAUUAGCCGACGAAAAUAAACGAGCAAUAACUGAAAGAGAACAAUUAGUUUUACGAUUUAAAAAUCUUAGCAAUAUAGUCUUGGCAAAUAAUAGAAAAUCAGAAAGUUUGAAAAAUAGAAUCGAAGAAAAUGAAGAUUUAAAAAAUGUUGUUGUCGAUGUUGAAAGAUUAUCAUUAUUAAGACCAUUUUAUCGUUUAAAUGGUCUUCGAAGAUUAAAUGAUCUUAUUGACUUAAACAUAGACGACAAAACAUCAACAAUUUUAAAUCAACUUAUCAAUUCGAGUACACUGGGCAGAGAAUCAUUGGAAAAUGUGAGAAAAAGACAAAAUUUACGUAAUAUAUUAAAAAGAAGUUAG